UCCACUUUCUCUGUGGCCCCUCGGCCGAGGAUGUGCGCCAUGGAGCCGAGGGGCGCCCGAAGCCGGGGUGGUGCUUGGCUCUUGUCUGCGCUGCUCUGCGGUCGGAGGAGGCGGGGAGAAGGUUGCGCGGCCUCUGACACCUGGACCCUGUGGGUAGCCAGAGAGGUGACUCUCUGGAAUCCAGGGCUACCCCUUCUCCGUCUUUUUCUUGUUUUCUUCGUCUUCUGCCCUUUCCACUUUGGAAUGAGAAAGAGGAGAAGAAAUGGCAAUGACGAGGACAGCCACCCUCCUCCCCAGACCAAGAGGAGCAGCAGGAACCCCAUCUUCCAGGACUCCUGGGACACAGAGUCUUCAAGCAGCGACAGCGGAGGGAGCAGUAGCAGCAGCAGCAGCAUCAACAGCCCAGACAGGGCCAGUGGGCCAGAGAGCGGCCUGAGCCACAUCAUCCCGGGAUCCUGCCCCAGCACCCCUCAGCCGAUGCCUGAGCAGUCUGCACUGUGCCAUGGCCCUUACUUCCACAUCAAUCAGACCCUGAAGGAGGCUCACUUUCACAGCCUACAGCACCGAGGCCGGCCUCCAACAUGAUGCUCCGGCAGUUUCUUGCCUUCUGUGAAGGGACAGCACUGUGCAGAUUGGAUAUUUCAACUUAAUGAUUUGUUUUUAAAAGUUGCACACAGAAAAAAAAAUGCCUGUUGGCUUUCAGUCUAUAUUUGAGUAUCGGGUCAGCAGGCAGCUGUUUACUUGGGUUUUUGCUGCACUAUUGCGAUUUCGGAGGGGCUUGGGAGCAAGUUUUUAGAGGAUUCUUUUAGAGGGCAUCAAAGCUGCAUCAUGGCAGUGUAUGAGGAAGUCUCAUCCGACUGAUUUCCAUAUCUGUCAACUAGAUGCUGUAUGUAUGUAAAGAGCCUCUUAAAAACACGGGAUCUUACAUUUUUUAAUUCAAUAAACUAGUAAAGAAUAUCUAGUUUCCAUGAAAAGAAACCUAAGUUUUCUCCCUAAAUAUAGGAAGCUUGACUCAGUGUUGCACUGACGUUAACUGCCGUACUACCUCUUAGUAUGUAGAUGUCUGUGGAAAUGCUCUCCCUUGGAACAGAACAGUUGCCACUCUGAAGAUCAUGCAAGUUAAGCACCUUUCCUAGUUGUGGUCUCCAUUUUACAUUUGAAUUUCCAGGGAGAAUAUCACUUCCAUAUCUAUUUUCUUCUCCUCUGUACCCUAAAUGCUAUAGAGAACAUUGUGCAGUUCUCAAAGAGAAAUACCUAGUAACUGUUAGGAACUUGUGUAUUAACAGCUUAACUGCUAGCUCCUUGCAGUGCCCAUAGCCAAGGCAGAGGUCAGUGCAGACGAAGGCAAGCGGCUUGAGAGCUGAAGGAAGAGGAGGGAGAUGUAACUCAUGCCUACAGGCACCUCAGCCCUGCCAGGAGGGUGGGGUACACUCUAUCACCGAAACUGGAAAGAUGGUGUGGUGUAGAAACACGAGCAGAGGCACCUCUAGGAAAAACAAUGCUCUAGUAUUUAUUUAGGAGCCUGGGUGUUGUCCCCAUUUUAUUUGGUCACACUAGAGAGCCAGGUGAGCUUGAACAGCGACGGUGUGGGUGAGUCGUCUUCCUCACUUGCAAGCUGUCUGAAUACAGAGCCAGGAUGUGUCGUCAGGUCGCCUACCCUGGAGAGUGCCGGGGGGCCAGCCUGCUGUUAGAGGAAGAGGAAGUGCCUUAAGCGUGCACCCGUAGCCUCCUGCCUGUCCCCUUCACUGCACCCCACUCAGAGGCCACACAGCACAGACCACAGCGCUGAGGAGCGGGGAUGGCUCUGGUAAGGAGGAACUGGACGACUGGACCAGAGCAGGUUACUGUGUGAUACAGCUACAGUCUGAAGGAGGCCCAUGCCAGGAAGAGAGUGAACAUGCAGUGCCUUCCAUGGCCUCUCCUCUGAGGGCCACAGCAUGGAAGGGCCAGCCCUGUGACAUGGGAACUACUGUCAUGAAGCCCAGAGGUCAGAAAGUAGGCUUGUUUUUUUUCCCUUUCAGGACUGUUUUUCCAGAUUUUAAAACCAGAUGUUUGCUGAGGACUCAGGAUCUUACUGGGUUUGUUGGCAAGGAAUGUGGGAAAGGAUACUUUACUGGAAUUUUAACAGUAAGGCAAACAGUGCUAUGAGAAGAGAAGCUGUCAAGCACACAUGUACACAUCACAAUCCAGAAAUACCCAGGAGGGCUCCGGCAGGCUUAAUGGAUGGCGUCCUACUGAAACAAAACAUGUAUUAAUAAAACAGUGCUCGAGGAAGCACAUCUCUUCCCAUCUCCCACCCAACUGAAGGCACAAAGGGUCUUCUCAUGCUCUGAUCACAGUGUCGGGGUGCCAGUCAACAGUCACUCACCCAACAAAAUACAAGAGGCCAUCUCUGUCAUGUGCUGUGCCGUUUUCACAGCCUGUGGUCUGGGUCUGGGUAUAUUUCUAUUUUGACGCUAUUUGCUCGAGUCAAUUGGCAUCUUUCUAUGAGCUCAAGCUAGUGAAACCUUGUACUCUAUUGCGCCGCCAUUAAAAGCAGCCUUAGUGCAUUGCCGUA